GUUAUAAUUCCAGGAAGAACCUUACUCUUUUCAAAAAUAGCUCCCAUCACCUGCCAAUUCAUCACCAUUCCAACCCAGCCACCCCACCGGUGUGGUCAGACCAGGUCUGGCCCGUUGGCAUGGCGAUGAUGGAGGAAGGGGCGCGGAGCUGCCUGCUUCAGUCACGCUCCAGCCUGGAGCAGGACAUCAGGGCUUCCUACCUGAUGGAUCACAUGAUCAGUGACGGUGUGCUGACUGGGGACGAGGAGGACAGGAUCAGGAGCAAGCCCACCAGGAGAGAGCAGGCGGCGGCCCUGCUGGAGCUGCUCCUGAGGAAGGAUAACCAGGCCUACAUCUCCUUCUACAAUGCCCUGGUCCGCGAGAGCUACGGAGACCUGGCCAGCCUGCUCCACAACAGCCUGCCCCUGGUCUCCCCUGAGGCUGAGAAGAGCUUCUCAGACGGUGGCACCCGCUAUGAUGAACGUGGUACCUUCAGGCGAUUGGAAAUUGCUCCUAAGGAUGAACCAGACGUGUGGAGGUCUACAAAAAAAUUAAGAAUCUGA